UACCCGAGGAGGGGGGGGGAGUCGAGGGGGUGGGGAAGAGUUCGUUGUUUGUUUACACGAUGUGAGCGGAAAAAGAGACCAAUAAAGUUUAUUCUGGAAACAAAAGGAAAAAAAACAGGGUGACAGAGAAAGGAGACGGGGGCGGGGGCGUGUGGCGAGGGCUAGAGAGAAGAGGGAGCUAGAAGGAGAAAGCGGCAGUUCCGGUGCCGCCGCUGCGGCCGCUGAGGUCUUGGGCUGCUGCUGCCGCGGCCGCUGGGGCUGGGGCCGCCGGCGAGGCAGGGCUCGGGCCCGGCCGGGCAGCUCCGGAGCGGCGGGGGAGAGGGGCCGGGAGGCGGGGGCCGUGCCGCCCGCUCUCCUCUCCCUCGGCGCCGCCGCCGCCGCCGCCGCCGCCCGCGGGGCUGGGACCCGAUGCGGUUAGAGCCGCGGAACCUGGAGGAGACCCGAGCAUUUCUGCUUUGGGACAGCCACUCAUCUAAUUCCUUAAAAUAGUUUUAUAUGUAAAACUUGGAAAGGAUCAGAACAAUGCCUCCAAGACCAUCAUCAGGUGAACUGUGGGGCAUCCACUUGAUGCCCCCAAGAAUCCUAGUAGAAUGUUUACUACCAAAUGGAAUGAUAGUGACGUUAGAAUGCCUCCGUGAGGCUACAUUAAUAACUAUAAAGCAUGAAUUAUUUAAAGAAGCAAGAAAGUACCCUCUCCAUCAACUUCUUCAAGAUGAAUCUUCUUACAUUUUCGUAAGUGUUACCCAAGAAGCAGAAAGGGAAGAAUUUUUUGAUGAAACAAGACGACUUUGUGACCUUCGGCUUUUUCAACCCUUUUUAAAAGUAAUUGAGCCAGUAGGCAACCGAGAAGAAAAGAUCCUCAAUCGAGAAAUUGGUUUUGCUAUUGGCAUGCCAGUGUGUGAAUUUGAUAUGGUUAAAGAUCCAGAAGUACAGGACUUCCGAAGAAAUAUUCUGAAUGUUUGUAAAGAAGCUGUGGAUCUUCGGGAUCUUAAUUCACCUCAUAGUAGAGCAAUGUAUGUCUAUCCUCCAAAUGUAGAAUCUUCACCAGAACUGCCAAAGCACAUAUAUAAUAAGUUAGAUAAAGGGCAAAUAAUAGUGGUGAUUUGGGUAAUAGUUUCUCCAAAUAAUGACAAGCAGAAGUAUACUCUGAAAAUCAACCAUGACUGUGUGCCAGAACAAGUAAUUGCUGAAGCAAUCAGGAAAAAAACCAGAAGUAUGUUGCUAUCAUCUGAACAACUCAAACUCUGUGUUUUAGAAUAUCAGGGCAAGUAUAUUUUAAAAGUGUGUGGAUGUGAUGAAUACUUCCUUGAGAAAUAUCCUCUAAGUCAGUAUAAGUACAUAAGAAGCUGUAUAAUGCUGGGGAGGAUGCCCAAUUUGAUGCUGAUGGCUAAAGAAAGCCUUUAUUCCCAACUGCCAAUGGACUGUUUCACAAUGCCUUCAUAUUCCAGACGCAUCUCCACAGCUACACCAUAUAUGAAUGGAGAAACAUCUACAAAAUCCCUUUGGGUUAUAAAUAGUGCACUCAGAAUAAAAAUCCUUUGUGCAACCUAUGUGAAUGUAAAUAUUCGAGACAUUGACAAGAUCUAUGUUCGAACAGGUAUCUAUCAUGGAGGAGAACCCUUAUGCGAUAAUGUGAACACUCAAAGAGUACCUUGUUCCAAUCCCAGGUGGAAUGAAUGGCUAAAUUAUGAUAUAUACAUUCCUGAUCUUCCUCGUGCUGCUCGACUUUGCCUUUCCAUUUGUUCUGUUAAAGGCCGAAAGGGUGCUAAAGAGGAGCACUGUCCAUUGGCCUGGGGAAAUAUAAACUUGUUUGAUUAUACAGAUACUCUAGUAUCUGGAAAAAUGGCUCUGAAUCUGUGGCCAGUACCUCAUGGAUUAGAAGAUUUGCUGAACCCUAUUGGUGUUACUGGGUCAAAUCCAAAUAAAGAAACACCAUGCUUAGAGUUGGAGUUUGACUGGUUCAGCAGUGUGGUAAAGUUCCCAGAUAUGUCAGUGAUUGAAGAGCAUGCCAACUGGUCGGUGUCUCGAGAAGCAGGAUUUAGUUAUUCCCAUGCAGGACUGAGUAACAGACUAGCUAGAGACAACGAAUUAAGAGAAAACGAUAAAGAACAGCUCCGAGCAAUUUGUACCCGAGAUCCUCUAUCUGAAAUCACUGAGCAAGAGAAAGAUUUUCUGUGGAGCCACAGACACUAUUGUGUAACUAUCCCUGAAAUUCUACCCAAACUGCUUCUGUCUGUUAAAUGGAAUUCUAGAGAUGAAGUAGCUCAGAUGUACUGCUUAGUAAAAGAUUGGCCUCCAAUCAAACCUGAACAGGCUAUGGAGCUUCUGGACUGUAAUUACCCAGAUCCUAUGGUUCGAGGUUUUGCUGUUCGGUGCUUAGAAAAAUACUUAACAGAUGACAAGCUUUCUCAGUACCUAAUUCAGCUAGUACAGGUCCUAAAAUAUGAACAGUAUUUGGAUAACCUGCUUGUGAGAUUUUUACUCAAGAAAGCAUUGACUAAUCAAAGGAUUGGGCACUUUUUCUUUUGGCAUUUAAAAUCUGAGAUGCACAAUAAAACGGUUAGUCAGAGGUUUGGUCUUCUUUUGGAGUCCUAUUGUCGUGCAUGUGGGAUGUAUUUGAAGCACCUAAAUAGGCAAGUUGAGGCUAUGGAAAAGCUCAUUAACUUAACUGAUAUCCUCAAACAAGAGAAGAAGGAUGAAACACAAAAGGUACAGAUGAAGUUUUUAGUUGAGCAGAUGCGGCGACCAGAUUUCAUGGAUGCUCUCCAAGGUUUUCUAUCUCCUCUUAAUCCUGCUCAUCAACUAGGAAAUCUCAGGCUUGAAGAGUGUCGAAUUAUGUCCUCUGCAAAAAGGCCACUGUGGUUGAAUUGGGAGAACCCAGACAUCAUGUCAGAGUUACUCUUUCAGAACAAUGAGAUCAUCUUUAAAAAUGGGGAUGAUUUACGUCAAGAUAUGCUAACACUUCAAAUAAUUCGCAUUAUGGAAAAUAUCUGGCAAAAUCAAGGUCUUGAUCUCCGAAUGUUACCUUAUGGUUGUCUGUCAAUUGGUGACUGUGUGGGACUUAUUGAGGUGGUGCGAAAUUCUCACACGAUUAUGCAGAUUCAGUGCAAAGGUGGCCUGAAAGGCGCUCUGCAGUUUAACAGCCACACACUCCACCAGUGGCUCAAAGACAAGAACAAAGGAGAAAUAUAUGAUGCAGCCAUUGACCUGUUCACACGUUCAUGUGCUGGAUAUUGUGUUGCUACCUUCAUUCUGGGCAUUGGAGAUCGUCACAAUAGUAACAUCAUGGUUAAAGAUGAUGGACAACUGUUUCAUAUAGAUUUUGGACACUUUUUGGAUCACAAGAAGAAAAAAUUUGGUUAUAAACGGGAACGUGUGCCAUUUGUUUUGACACAAGAUUUCUUAAUAGUGAUUAGUAAAGGAGCCCAAGAAUGCACAAAGACAAGAGAAUUUGAGAGGUUUCAGGAGAUGUGCUACAAGGCUUAUCUGGCUAUCCGGCAGCACGCCAAUCUCUUCAUAAAUCUUUUCUCAAUGAUGCUUGGCUCUGGAAUGCCAGAACUACAAUCUUUUGAUGAUAUUGCAUACAUUCGAAAGACCCUAGCUUUAGAUAAAACCGAACAAGAGGCUUUGGAAUAUUUCAUGAAACAAAUGAAUGACGCACAUCAUGGUGGCUGGACAACAAAAAUGGAUUGGAUCUUCCACACAAUUAAGCAGCAUGCUUUGAACUGAAAUGAUAACUGAGAAACCGAAAGCUCAUUAUCUGGAUACUAUCCUGCACUGUUAAUAACUGUCAACAGGCAAAGACCGAUUGCAUAGGAAUUGCACAAUCCAUGAACAGCAUUAGAAUUUACACAAGAACAGAAAUAAAAUACUAUAUAAUUUAAAUAAUGUAAACGCAAACAGGGUUUGAGAGCACUAAACUAGUUCAUUUCAAAAUUAAGCUUUAGAAUAAUGCGCAAUUUCAUGUUAUGCCUUAAGUCCAAAAAGGUAAACUUUGAAGAUUGUUUGUAUCUUUUUUUAAAAAAGAAAACAAAACAAAAAAACCCCAAAAUAUAUAGAAAUGAUGGAGAAGGUAAAAGAAUGAUGUUCUUUUUUUGUCUUGCAAAUGUUCUAUGUUUUGAAAUUGUGGACACAACACAGUCUAUUAUUGCAUUAGGUCCAAGGAAACUGAAGCUUGGUGUUAAAUUACAUUGAGAUUAGAAAAUAAUGAAGAUUUCUUAUUUUUCCAUUGCUGUUCAAUUUAUAGUUUGAGGUGGGUUUUUUGACUCCUUGUUUAAUGAAGAGAAAAAUGCUUGGGGUGGAAGGGGCUCUUGAGAUUUCAUCAGAGACUUUUCCUUUUUAAUAAAUCAAACCUUUUGAUGAUUUGGGGUCUUUAUCUGCAAAGUUUUGGAAGCAGUCACAAGUGAGACCUGUUAUAAGGUGGUGUUUUUGGGUUUUUUUCUGGACAGUAUUUACAAGAAUCUGAUUCUUAUCUCCCAGGGAAAUUCUGGGCUCCCACAAAGUACAAUAAUCAUCAGAGAGAAAGAAUGAGCAGGACUAGUUCUUGCUUCAGAAUUGUACAGUAUUCACCGUAGGUUGAUUUUUUUUUUCCUUUUGCAAUUGAAUUGAAUACAUUUUUCAUGCAUGUUUCCAGAAAAUAGAAGUGAGUAUUAAUGUUAUUAAAAAGAUUAUUUUUUUUAUUAAAGGCUAUUUAUAUUAUAGAAACUAUCAUUAAUAUAUAUUCUUUAUUUACAUGAUCUGUCCCAUACUCAUGCAUUGUUUUGCACCCCAAAUUUUUUAUUGUUCAUAGCAACAUGGUCAGCUUUCCUCUUGGUCUGUGGGUGAGGCUCAGGCACUAUCCCAUUUAUACCAAUGACUAGUGUAUAACUACAUAAGGAAAACAGAUUAAAGUUCAUCUUCUUUUGUUUUCUUUCUGUUUUCAUAUGACUCCCCCAUUCUCCAUCUUCCUUUAUAGUUGAUAAUGCCUCAGUCAUGAAACUAGUUACCAAAAUUAACACAAUAUACAGUAUCUUCUUGAUUGCUUCAACCUCUCUACUGAGGUAUACUCAUGAAUAAUACUUUAUAAUAUGGGGGAAUAGAAACCAUGAACUUUUUACCUUUUUAGACUAUUUAUGCAAUAUCUGGAUAAUAAAAGUAGGACCUUAAACCAUUUUAAGAUCAUGUCCCAUCUCCACGCAAUUAGGGCUCACUGUCCAACUUUAUAAAUUGCAUUUGAGUGCAGGAUACAUUCUUAAACACUUGGGGAAACAUUAACCCAAGGUGUAGGGGCUAAUGCUAGUCAUCACUCUAGAAUCUGAUAUUUUACUCAGUAUUUGAAAUGAAUGAUUAAUGCCCUAGGAAAUAGCUUUAGCAAAUGUCCAGGUGCCACACCAGAAAAAGUGCAAUAAUUUACUGACAGUUUUCUAGAUUAGGCAUAUUAUUGGAAUACAACUUUAUAAAAAGUGUGCAUUAUAUACUCUAUUAAAACAACAUCACUUAAAUGAUACUCAUUUAUGAAAUCAGUUACCUAGAAUAGAAGUCUUGAAUAGUAAACAAGGGACUCUAAUUCAAAUACUCUUAAUAUUUGGCUAUUUUAGAGCCCUUAAAGGGCCUAAUUAUUGGAGACUUAGGUACUUCACUAAAGCAUGUAUAUAAUAUUGCCAACAAGAAAAAUAAAUUUGAAGAUUUAGGGGAACUUAUUUCUGUAAACUGUCUUGGAAUAGUUAAGAAGAAUUUAAACUCCCAUUUUAAGCAGGAAGCCAAAUAGAUUCUUUUGCAGAUGUAGAUUUCAUAACUUAUUAAAACUUCUUUAACAUUUUGUGCCUUUUAUAUAUAUUCAGUUAAUACAUACUAACUUCCCCGUCUUUUCUGUAUCAGGGAUUAAUUACAGGAAAAUUCAAUGAAAUGGUACAAAUCUGAAACUCUGAUGGUGGAAACUGAAGAUUUAACAGAACAGCGUUUUACCUGAGUGCCAAAAAGCUUUGAGCUUCCUUGCACAAAAUUUACAUAAUUUUUGCAUGUCUCACAUCAGUCCAGCUACUCCCCUUCCCCUGGGACCUCUCCAUUAAAACACAGCCACAGAGCUUAUUUCAUCAUUUACAUUUAUUUUCAGUUACUGCAACCAAGUUAAUUCUGUUUCAAGAAGUGUAGACAAAUUUUACAAAGAAUGUAGGUUAAGCGAUCUAGCUAAAAGCAAAGCAAAUUUUUAAUGAGUCCAAGCAGAGUUAAAGCAAACAACAUUAAAAAUAAGAAAAAAGGGUCAGGUAGAGCUCAGAAGGCAAAAAACCAAAAAUUGAAUUGAAUGCUACAUGGGGUGACUAGGCUGUCAAGUCAGUGGUAAGCCAUUUCCAGGUACUUCAGUGUCCGAUCACUUCCCAUGGAUUGGUCAAUUCCUGUGGCCAGCCAUCCUUGUCAUUGAAUGCGGUAUAUCUAACUAUUGACUUUACAGUUUCAUUUGGUCACUUGAGAAACAAUUCCUUCAAUGACUAUUUUUGGGGGG